CCCCGCCGCCCGCCGAGCGGCUCAGCCCGCACCGCCCCGACCCGACAUGGAGCCGGGGCCGCCGGGGGGCCCCGCUGCCGCCUCCGCCACCUCCGCCGCCACCCCCGCCGCCCCCGCCGGGCUGCCGCUGAGCGAGAGCGAGCAGCAGCGCUACUCCGAGCUCUUCUCGCGCUGCUGCCCGCCCCCCGAGGCGGCCGCCGGGGGCAGCAGCGUGGGCGAGCUGUUCCGGGCCUCGCAGCUGCCCCCGGACACGCUGCACCAGAUUACGGAAGUUUGUGGAGCCAAGCGCGUGGGUUAUUUUGGUCCUGCUCAAUUUUACAUUGCUUUGAAGUUAAUUGCGGCGGCACAGUCGGGGUUCCCAGUACGGAUCGAGAGCAUUAAGAAUGAACUGCCUCUGCCGCGGUUCGUGGCGCUGAAAAAUGACAGUGACGUACGCUAUGGGACUCCAGCAGAGCUCCAUGGAGUUAAGUUUCAGGUUCCACACGCAACUCUGGAAAAAAACUCCUACAAGAGAACAGAUGAAGGGGACAAACAGGAACCCAAGUCUCCACCGAUGUCUCCAAUCUGUUCACCUCCUGCUUCUCCGUCUACUUACCAGAGAAUACCCGUGACUUAUGGAUACAGUAAAUCAAGAAGUGGGCUGGAGCAGCAGCAUGGAGCUCCUUAUGAAGUCAGACACUCUACUCACCAGCAAGAUGGAUCGUCAUCAGGGAAUUAUGGAGCCAAACCUGCACACGCAUGUUCAACUCUUGGUCGGUCUCUUUCAGUGGAGCGGGAGCAGCCAGACAGCAGUGCCCAUUACUCAGAUGACCCUUGGAGGAUAACUGAGGAGCAGCGAGACUACUAUGUCAACCAGUUCAGGUCCCUACAGCCUGACCUGAACUCCUUUAUUUCAGGUUCCGUGGCAAAGAAUUUCUUCACGAAAUCAAAGCUGCCCAUCCCAGAGCUUUCUCACAUCUGGGAGCUCAGCGAUGUGGACUGUGACGGGGCGCUGACGCUCCCCGAGUUCUGUGCUGCUUUCCACCUGGUGGUUGCGAGGAAGAAUGGUUACCAGCUGCCCGAGACGCUGCCCGACACGCUGCUGCCGGAUUACCUCCAAGCAGCUUCGUUGAAGCCUCUACGCGACUGCGCACUGUUUGAUUCUUACUCUGAGUCAUUGCCGGGCAGCCAACAGACUCGGGACUUCAGCCGGACAGAGAAGACAGCAGCUGAAGAGGUGCCUGAUAACUCUGCCCUGUUACAAGAUACAAAGAAAGAUGACAAACAAGCUCUUAAAGUAAGCACCGCUGUCAAGACAAUACCAAAGGAUUUUCAGCACUUGACUGUGAAAACAGCUCCUCAGGAACCUAAUGCACUUAAAGCCAGACCCAGAUCCAGGUCUUAUUCUAGCACAUCAAUAGAAGAUGCCAUGAAAAAGGGAGAAGAGCCCCCCACUCCACCUCCAAGGCCACAGAAAUCACAUUCCAGAGCUUCCUCUUUGGACCUGAACAAAAUAUUUCAACAAAACACACAAGCUGUGAGGUCUGGCUGGCUGCCCCCACCACCACCUGCACUGCCCCCUCGACCUUCUGUAUCUCAGACAGAGCAAGCAUCUGAGGUUGAGUUACACCCUCAGAUGAACAGACCCCCGUCGCAGGCAGAAGAAAACAGCUCAGCAAAAAAGGAGGUUGUUCUCGUUCAGCCGCCCUCCAAACCUGCCCGCAGGAAGCUUCGGACGGAGACGCAGGGACUGGAGACCCCCGAGCUUUCUCCCACUAUAAAUGUGACUUCUUCUGUGCCAGCAGUCAAGCCUCACCUCCCAGUCCAAAAACAGUCUUCCAAGCAGAAAAGGGCUAUUCAGACUGCUAUACGAAAAAACAAAGAAGCCAAUGCUGUGCUCGCCAGGUUGAACAGUGAGCUCCAGCAGCAGCUGAAGGAGGUCCACAAGGAGCGAAUUGCCUUGGAAACGCAGCUGGAGCAGCUUCGUCCCGUUACCGUCUUGUGACCCCCGGCGGGGCGUGCAGCAGCAGCAGAGCUCGUGCACCAAGAGCCUUGCUACGACCACGGCACGGAGCAGCUGCGAGGGGACCGCGGUGAUGUGGCCGGCUUCUCGCAUCUCCUCCGCACCCUGCUGCGCCUGCUUGCCUUUGCAGAUGAAGAAGGUACAGAAAGCAAACACCAAACUGUCGGAUGUGGGUGUCUGCCCUCUCCACUCCCUCUUCCCAGCCUGACAUGUAAAUGCGGUUUACCACUGAAAUGAGUAACCUAAGAGUAUUUUAUUUAUGUAAAGAAUUCCCCACUGAUACACACUCUUGCAACGCUUCCUGUCCCGAUUCUUGAGAGGUACAUCAUUCCAGAAGUCUUGCUUAAAUUUAAAACUCAUCCUUUGAGAUGGGUUCCUGGUUGUCACCGAUUCCUGUAAGAUGGUAAAGGACCUGUGGAUUGAAUGUACAAGAGGAAUAAAACUCACCAGACAUGCAGUCUUUAUCAGCAAUCACGUGUAAGAUAAUUAUUUUCUUAGCACUGUUUAUUAUUCAAUCACGGAUGUAUUUUAAUGUUAGAGAACUUGUAUUUUAUAAGUUACAUAUCAUAAGAGAGAACAGUAAAAAAUAUUAAAAUUGUAUUAUUUUGGAAAUUACAAAAAAAAAAUCUGUUUUUUGAGCUAUAACUCUUUCCUAUCACUUGCUUGCAAUUGCCAGUGUCUCUGCAUAACUUUUUUUUUUUAAACCAACAGCAUAUUUCUAACAAGGUGUUAAAAAUGCAUUCCGGGCAUUUUUGUAAAGGCUGUUCUAAGUAUAUUUAUAUUAGUCUGCUUUGUUGUCUUAAUGGCUGCUGAUUUGUUUUAAGGAUGUGUACAAGAACUGUAUUUCCAAUAGAAGCAAGAUAGCAAAACUGCUACAUAUGAGGUUAUAAAACAUUUGAAGGAAAUAAUUGCCUUCUAAAGCAGGCUUUCAUUAAGGUUCCUUUGCACCUCACUGGAGAUGAUAUUGAUAGGAUGAAGCUGCUAAUGCUCAUCUGUUUUCUAAGUGAAGAAGCACAGAUUUUUUAUUUUUUUUUUUUUUUAACCUGGGUCUGUUUCAAGGCAAACUGAACUCUGUGGGAUUUUUUUUCCGUGGAGGCAGUGGUCAUUGGCUUUGGUCUCAGUUCUUGCAAUGGAAGCUGGCUAAGCAACAUCGAUUUAUUUCUUGGGCCGAUGCUGUUAGGCUGGACAGCCUCAGACAUACUAUCAGCCCUGCUCCCUUCAUGGAGAUGAUGUUUGCUUCACUGCUGGGGAAGUUCACCUACUUGUUAUCCAUAUUACACAUGAUGCUGCAUGUUUCCUGUCCCGUUGUAUCCUGUUGCUCAGUGACCCGAGUAUACACCAUGCAAAAACUGCAGCAGGGUUUUUUUGUUGUUGUUUUUUGUUUGCUUUUACCAUUUUUUUUUGUCUGAUGCUUCCUCACAGUAGCUUUAGGACGUCUCUGGGGUAGAGAGGAAGGAGAAGUAGGUUUAAAAUAGCUAGUUGGCCUCCAUUCAGGCUGUGUCAUGGCAUGGCUGCAGUGAGGUAUCAGAGGACAUGGGAGCAGCCAAAAGUUUUGUUGGGUGAUAAGUAAGAAAGACUUCAACAGGAAUGUUUAAAGUGAUGAGGAAAGAGGUUACUUUUGCUGAAAGGGAUAUGGAUGUGGGAUAUGGAUCCAGAGGUCUAAAGGUGAAAAGAAGCAUUUAUUUUUUUCAGGGAAAAAAAAAAAAAAAAAAUCUGUUUUUGUAAUGCAUUGCUUUCAAUUCAUCUAAAUGUCACUAUGCGAAUGAGCAACAGACAUUUCUCUGGAUUUGGAACUUUUUUUUGGUGUGACUGUUGGCAUAGCUGGAGUCAGAUGAUCGUUCCUCGUCAAUGACAAAAUGUGAAAGCUGCAAACUUCCAGGAAGCUGCAGAAGAGCUACUGUCCUUGUGCUAUCAGUGGUGCUGUUCAGAAGUUGUCGUCAUUUAUUUCAUGUGCCCUGAACACUGAGUUGUUCCUGAGUUUUUAAGGAUGCUAAGUGCUCUUUCUUUGUUUGCUUUUUAGUUCUUGCAUUGUCAUUUGGUUAAUAAACAUCUGCUACUCAAAUUGGAAAUAAUCAUCUGGCACUUUUUGUUUUUUCUGUGUGAUUUUUAAGGAAUGCUUUUCAAUGAUGACAAAGAAAUAUGCAUGUAUGUAUUUUUUAGGCAGUGAGUGACUUUCUUAUGUUUGGAAGACCACACUAGAGGAAGACCCUGUUUAUUUCACUCAGGUUAUUCAUUGAAUAGAUGGCAUUGAAAGAAAGAGUGGAAAAGACUAUUCUGUAUGUCCUUUUCAGAUGUUUCCUUUUUAAGGUACAGGUGUUCGUUCAACCUUAAAAUACCUGGUUACCAACAAAGAAAUGCUUCGUGGUUAGUCUGCCACUGGAGUUAAUAAAUUUAAAAUGUAACUAUCACUGAGGUUGCACUUUGAGGGGUGUAAUCAAAUUCCAUACUUAGCUUGAAGGCCUAGAAAGUGAGUUAAUUUGUAAUCUGUUUGGUGUAGUAUUGGCUGUGAUGAUGAUACAACAGCUGACAUACAGACUAAAUCAAGACAUUCAUGGAGAAGUGCUGUGUUAUACAUAUCCUGCAUGAAAUUGUUCUUCUGUAUGUCUCAGUACUUAAGCAUUUGUGCAUAUCCUAUCCAACAUGAUAAAGUGUCUGCUCCUGGGAAGCUGUUAACAUCUUGAGAAGGAGAGGAGAAGGCAUAAGGAAGCUCUCUUUCUGGCAGAUGCUCCAUGUGGCCAUGUACAUAGCUACUAUUAACAGGGGUCAAAAUUCACAUCUAAAUCCAGUAUUAAGAAAUUUUCUCAAAACAAACAAAAAAAUCCUUUGGAAAAAAAUGUGGGUACAGAGAAAUCAUCACUUCUUGCAGGAAACUUUACUUUGUGAAACUUUGGGUGGGAGAUGCUCCUAAACCUAAGGCAGAACACCUGGCAGAAGGAGAUUCCUCAAGGUUUAGGGCACUUCAGUGGGCUCUGGGAGAGUGAUCAACUUUAAGCCCUAACAUACCUGGCCCAGAACAGCAGCUAAGACCUGGGAGCUCAACCAGGGAGCAAGAGCAGUAUCCCAUGCAUCAAGUCUUGCUUUCCUUGAUUCACAGUUUCUUCAAGCAUUUGUGCAGAGCAUCUCCAGCAAGGGAUGGUAACUGGGACAGAAGCUAGAACUCGGCUUCCUCGUGUCUGAGAGGAUGUGCUGGCUGUGAGCCUGGUGUCCCUUUCUAAGUCUUCACUUUCCUGCAGCUAUUUGUUCAGACAAUCAAAUAUUUUUGUCCACAAGACAAGACUAGGUAGAGCAAGGUCUUAAACAGGCUCUUGCUUACAGCCCAGAUAAGGAUUUUCCACGGCGUGAGACUGUGUGUGUAUAUGUGUGCACUCAUAUAUCUUCCUUUUGAUCAGGCAUUUCUUUAUAGAUCUGUUCAUGUUUGUUCCAUCUGAUACCUUUCUAUGAGAGAUUUGUUUCAAUAUGUGGUAGUUUAGUGCUGAAAGAAGAAAAAUGCCCAGCUAAGUGCCGUGAAUGGUUGCCUUUGUAGAUCAAGCCAUCUUUACUUGAGCCUUUAAAUAUGAACCAUAACCUGGUAAUUACGUGAGGUGAGCAGUUUCCAUUUGUUUAAACAAACGGCCUGUGAACAAACAUUAAUCCUCAACAAUCAAUGUCCUUCUCCGAGUUAUUAAAUUAAUACUCGAUGCAGAGGAAACAUUACCACCUCUUCCCAGAGAGUUUUCCAUUCUCUCUUCCAGAGAGUUCUGCUGAUGUAGCAGAAAUGUGAGUGAUGUAGUGGAUCCAGCCCUGUCGUUAAGUCAGCAAAUGCCCUUCUUAACUUACCAGAUUGUCUCCAAAGUGUUCCUGUGUGCGAGGCAGUGGUUUUGCUGCUGGGAGUUGAGCAGCCACGCUGGGGAGAGGAACUCGUUCAGCUUUCAUCCAGGCGUACACCGCCUGAUGCUGUCAGGGCUAACCAGCCAGGGCGAUGACAACUUGCGCCGUAAAAUGGCCCCACCAGGAUGGCUGGGGUCGGAAGCCUUCACAGGAAGCAUUUGGGAUGGACAUGAUAUGGAAAUCACCUUUCGGUGGUAUGUGAGCUGCUUUCCUCCCACAUGGGCUUCCAGGACAGGAGAAGGACAGUCGAGAAGCUUCUAGCCAGGGGUGGAGGGGUGUCAGUUUUCCAGCACCGUCAGCCCUUUGGCCCUCAGCGCACACAGUCCUUGACAAGAAAAUACGUGGUGUUACGAAAGUCAGACGGGAAAGAGGCCCUAGUGAAGACAUAUUUUAUUGACUAAAGAGUAGAAGUAUUUUUUCAGCAAACAAAAAUCCAAAUGAUGUAGUACCUCUGAGAAGAAAUGUAUUUUGAAGCUUUUUCCAGUUAUCUUCUUGAUAAUGUGCUAUGGACACACGCAUAAUGUUUUGCUCUGUUAUUGAUUUUUUUGAUGUAAAAAUCUUAUUGCGAGCAUUAUCAUUGUUAAUCUAAAAAAAAAAAAAUACCCUGAGGCUAUUAUAUAUUUGAAUUUUAACUUAUAAAGUAGAUAGCCAGAUUUAAGCAAUUUGUUUUCACAGCUGCAGAACGUCCAUGUGGUAGGCUGCAAAAUGUAUAGUGCUCUAUACUCUGCCCAUCUAAUUUUGGAAAAUGUAUGUGAUAUGGAACUGGGUGCUACAUUCAAAUAAAAAUGUCCAAUAACUUCAAA